AUGGAUUCGAACAGCGGCAGCGGCUGCCACAAGAGCGAUCUGAAUUUGCUGGUGAAGAACAUUGUCAAGAUUCUGCUCACCACCUCGAAGUACUUCCACUGUCCGUUCUGCGCGGACGAAUACCUGUUCGAGUUCACGCUGAAGCAUCACCUGCUGAAAAACCACGAGCGGGACCUGGAAAAGAUUGUCCGAUCGCCAGAUGCAAGCAUACGCUUUUGCGAGAGCAACAUCUGCCCGUACUGCGGUGCCCUGUUCUACUACAUUUCCGCCCUGCCGAAGCAUAUCAUGAACAGCCACAGCCGGGAGUGUUUGCUGAAGUGGCAGGCCAUCGAAAAGGAGAACAGUCUUGCCCGGAAGCUCGCGAACGAUCCGAGCAUCCAGUGCGUACCCUGCUCACCCGGGCUGAGUGACUUCUUCGACGACCUAACGACCGGUAGCAGUCGUCGCGGGAAUGGUAACGCCGGAAGCGGAAGCAUGAUACAGCUGACCAAACCUUCGCCCCUGCUGAAAACGGCGCUGCGCAACGUGAAUCGUAUCACGGCGGGCACGGGCACGGCUCAGAGCAAUUUUUUGGCAGGUGCCGGUGAAAUCGAUACCUCUGGAACGUCGGCAUGGUCUAGCUUUGGGUUCGACAGUUCGCAACCACGCCGUAAUCUCAGCAGCCACCAUUCCGUCCGGCGAGAACUGCAUUUUGGAGAUGAUCGUGGCGCUUCCGGGCAUGGAUCGAGCGAUUCACCGUCGCUGUGUAAUCUGAUCGGUGGCAGCUGUUCGUCAUCUCCGAGCAACGAGUCGGUGUCCUCGGUACGCAAACCAAAGUUCCAGCGGAAGCGCUUCAAUCUGCGCUCGAUAAAGCCGAAGCUUAACUUCCGGAAGUAUGUGCUGUCGAAGUUCUCGAAGAAGUACCACUGCAAAAUCGUCACCAGCACACCGAACAACUUCCUCGACGACGGUAGCACACGUGAUUCGACGCGAUUCCUCCACAAUCAGGAGCGCUGGAAUAGGAUCCACUUCGAAUGA